AUGGCGGCGGCGGGGCGCGGCGGCGGUGAGGCGGCCGGGACCAGAACCGAGCUCCGGCGGGGGACGCGGGCCCGCCAUGGCCCUGGCAAUCGGCGCGCAGGUAGCCGCCACCGCCCGCACCCCGCGCUCUGGCGCCCCGCCGGCACGCGCCCGGACCCCACGGGGCUCCCGGCGGCGGGGCGGGCCCGGGGUGGGGGGAGCAUGGUGGCCGGGAGUAGGCCCAGGGUCGAUCUGUGCACGUUCAUUGAAUGUGCGCGAGCGCGGUGGGGCCGCUCGCUGGCCCGGCGGGGGCGGCGGAUCCGGCGCUCCCCCCGGCGGAUUCCCACCCCGGGGUAUAUUUUUGGGGAAUUCAGCCCUGAUGAAUUUAAUCAGUUCUUUGUGACUCCACGAUGCUCUGUUGAGCUCCCCCCAUACAAUGAAACAGUUUCAUGUGGUAUUAAAUCCACAGGGGAAGAGUAUCAGAGAAUUGAAUUUGGUGUUAACGAAGUCAUUGAGACGCAAUCAGCUGUCCUAAAUAACACCGACUACAGUAUUUCAAGUACUCUGAAUCCUCAGGCUCCAGAAUUCAUCCUCAGUUGUGCACCUGCUCAGAAACCCCCUGAUGAUGCUCUCAGUGAAACCAACUACAACUCCAUCGACUGCCAGUUCAGCGAUCCCGGCCUGGCUUUGGACAGCGGCUCCAACGCGGAAAACGACGGCUUGUCCGGAGGCCUCGGGCAGAGGGAGCGCAAAAAGAAGAAGAAAAGACCCCCUGGAUAUUACAGUUACCUGGAAGAUGUCAGCGAUGGUUUAGCCCCCCCGGAGGCGCUGGUGAACGGCCACGCCAACUCCUCGGGCCUGCCCCCGGAGGACACGGAGCUGGCAGGAGACAUCCCCUCCCUGGCCACGCCAAGGACUUGCAACAGCCCGGACAACUCCGUGGACUUCGUGCCUGGAGCUGUCCCUGCUGGGGCCGUUCCCAGCGCUCUGGACAAUGCCAGGACUGCCGGGCAGCCCGAGGUAUGCCGAGUUCCUAAUUCUGAACAGUUUUGCCUCCCCUCGGAGGCCGUCAGAGAUAGCCCCCUAAGGACAGCUGGUGUACAGUCUUAUGCUGGUACUGAUACUACUGAAAGUCUUGGCGUUACUAAUGGACAAACACUUGAAUCCUCUGGUGAGGACACAGCUGCCAAUGGGGUAGAAUUGCACACUGUGGAAAGCACUGACUCAGACCAAGCUAAGCCUGAGGAAGCUUCACCUACUACUGAGGCAACAGUCCCGGUUGCAGGAUCAGUCCCCGUUAAUCAGCCUGCAAAAUCGUGGGCUAGUCUUUUUCACAAUUCCAAGCCCUCUGCUUCCACAUCUGUGGUCUAUGUUGAGACUAAGUAUACCCCUCCUGCCACAUCUCCUCUGGUCCCUGAAAAACAGGUUGAAGUCAAAGAGGGACCUGUUCCAGUUUCAGAGGAUCCUGUAGCCAUAAAGAUUGCAGAAAUACUGGAAAGUGUAAGGCUAAUACAUAAACCAGUGUCUUUGCAACCCCGAGGGCUGAUCAACAAAGGAAACUGGUGCUACAUCAAUGCUACCCUGCAGGCCUUGGUUGCUUGCCCUCCAAUGUAUCAUUUAAUGAAGUCCAUUCCAAUGUAUUCCAAAUCGCAGAGGCCGUGUACCUCAACUCCAAUGCUAGACAGUUUUGUUCGUUUAAUGAAUGAGUUCACUAAUAUGCCUGUACCUCCUAAAGCAAAGCAAGCUUUGGGUGAUAAAAUAGUGAGAGACAUCCGACCAGGAGCUGCCUUUGAACCGACCUACAUUUACAGACUCUUGACGGUUAUAAAGUCGAGUCUGUCAGAAAAGGGCAGGCAAGAGGAUGCUGAAGAAUACUUGGGAUUUAUCCUCAAUGGACUACAUGAAGAGAUGCUGACCCUCAAGAAACUUCUCUCUCCACAUAAUGAAAAACUGUCGGUGUCCAACGGCCCUGAGGCUCAGGCUGUUCCUGAGGAAGAGGAGCAGGAGGAACAGGGGGAAGGCAGCGAGGACGAGUGGGAGCAGGUGGGACCUCGCAACAAGUCCUCAGUCACUCGCCAGGCUGACUUUGUGCAGACUCCAAUCACUGAUAUCUUUGGUGGUCACAUAAGAUCUGUUGUUUACCAGCAGAGUUCCAAGGAGUCUGCUACACUGCAACCUUUCUUCACCCUGCAGCUGGACAUCCAGUCAGACAAGAUCCGCACAGUGCAGGAUGCCUUGGAAAGUUUGGUGGCAAGAGAGUCUGUCCAGGGAUACACCACAAAAACCAAGCAGGAGGUGGAGAUCAGCAGAAGAGUCACACUGGAAGAGCUGCCCCCUGUUCUUGUUCUGCACCUCAAGCGGUUCGUGUACGAGAAGACUGGGGGGUGUCAGAAGCUUAUCAAGAAUAUUGAGUAUCCUGUUGAUCUGGAAAUUAGUAAAGAGCUACUAUCUCCUGGUGUGAAAAGUAAAAUUUUUAAAGGCCAAAGAACCUACCGGCUCUUUGCAGUUGUGUAUCACCACGGGAACAGCGCCACGGGCGGCCACUACACCACGGACGUCUUCCAAAUCGGGCUCAACGGCUGGUUGCGCAUCGACGACCAGGCCGUGAAGGUGAUCCAUCAGUACCAGGUGGUGAAGCCGACUGCGGAACGCACAGCCUACCUCCUGUACUACCGCCGCGUGGACCUGCUGUGACCCUGCCUGCAGCACCCUGCUCCCUAGGACGCCAACUAUCACUGAUUCCCUCUCCUCUAAAUGCUCUUCUGAGUGAAUAUAUUUUUUCUUUUUUUUUUUCUUUUCUUUUCCUUUUUUUCUUU